AUGGCGACGCCUUCGCCACCAAAACCGUGGGAGAGAGCAGGUGCAGCUGGAAACGCAUUAUCAUCAGCACCUAUCGCCGGUAGCCCUGCUGCCUCAACCGCGAUGACAUCCACAACCAACCCCGCAGUCUCAACGUCCACCGCCCCCGACCUUCCCUCCCGCCCCAGCGCUCUCAACUCUGUAGUCAACAACACCGCCUCCAACUAUUCGCCGUAUGGAGCCUCGCGCCUUGGAACAGGCGCGUACGGAUCCAGCUACGGCGGCAUGGGUGGCAUGGGUGGCAUGGGCUCGCCUUACUCCCGCUUCGGCUCCAUGGGCGGUAUGGGCUCCAUGUACGGCGGUGGCGGUUAUGGAGGCUACGGAGGUGGCAUGUACGGUGGCAUGGGCGGUAUGGGAGGAAUGGGAGGGAUGUACGGCGGCAUGCCGGGACAAGAUCCCAAUGAUCCGAACAGCCUGACGAACUCGUUUGGGCAAAGCACCCAGGCCACUUUCCACAUGAUUGAGAGUAUCGUCGGUGCGUUUGGUGGCUUUGCUCAGAUGCUCGAGAGCACGUACAUGGCUACGCACAGUUCAUUCUUUGCAAUGGUCUCGGUCGCAGAACAAUUUGGAAAUCUGCGCACCACCCUGGGCUCAGCCUUGGGCAUUUUCACCCUCAUCCGGUGGUUCCGCACAUUAAUCGCUAAGCUCACAGGACCUUUCAUGGGCGGCCGUGCCGCUGCUACACUCCCCGAUGGCUCACCAGCUCCCGCCAAGCCAUCCAAGAAGCCCUUCUUCAUGUUCCUGAUUGCCCUCUUCGGCCUCCCCUACUUGAUGGGCAAGCUCAUCAAGACCAUGGCCCGAUCCCAGGAGGAAGAGGCGAAGCGCCGACAGCUCGUCGGCCCCAACGGCGAGCCGGGCUCAGCAUCGCUCGAUCCGGCCAAGCUGGACUUCUGCCGUCUCCUCUACGACUACACUCCCGAGACCCAGGAGAGCAACGGCAUUGACCUGGCUGUGAAGAAGGGCGACAUUGUCGCCGUCCUCAGCAAGUCUGAUCCUAUGGGCAAUGCCUCCGAGUGGUGGCGUUGCCGUGCCCGCGACGGCCGUGUCGGAUAUCUCCCCGGUCCAUACCUGGAGACUAUCCAGCGCCGGCCCAAUCAGCAGGCUAUCACAGCAGGCAGCGAGCCUGCUACUCGCACCUCUUCAUUGAAGGGCGACCCUGUGGCCGAAGGUCGCACACAGAGCCUGUCAUCUCUGGGAAAGCCCGAGCUUACCAGCAAGAUUGGUGAUAUCUCGCCUGAGAGCUUCCAGAAGAGCACUUUCUACUCAUGA